AUGUCCUUUUCAAAUUCAAACCCAGGACCAUUUCCGAACUUCCCAAUUCCACCUCCUGGACUCGCAGCACCACCUUCAAUGGGUGCACUUCCGCCAGGAGUCCGUCCCCCAUCACCUCCGCGAAUGACAGGAAAUGGCGCUGCAAUUCGACCAGCGCCUCCGAGCCGUUUAUCGCCGAGUCGCCCAUUGUCAGCACCAGAAAACGCUGGAACGUCAACGCUGAUACGGAGAGCAUCAGCCGCAUUUCGAGCUCCGAAAUGGGAUAGCAAGAGGUCCAAAGCAGCUGUCUGA